AUGUCAGCUCCUCAAGACGACCUGAAAACUGUUGUUGAAGCCCGAACUCGGGAGUGGCAUUUUCAUAUCUACUACUUACUGCAAUCACCGACGGAGACAGCUGCUGCGCUUGCUCUUCGUGACGCUGUCUUGAGGCUACGCCGCGAUGGAGCAUUUGUUGCCGUACCUCUGUUCCGCGUGAAUCAGUCCCCUAUUGGCCCUCACCCAGCAGGUUCUUAUGAAAUCUGGGUCCCUGACUCAUCCUUUUCUGAAGUGUUCUUUUACCUAGCAGCAAAUCGUGGAAACCUAAGUAUUCUGGUUCAUCCCCUGACUACGAGUCAACGUGAAGAUCACGAAACUCGUAACGCUUGGAUGGGCACACCCUGGCCCAUUUACCUGGAUUCCUUGCCACGUGGUGGGCCAACUCCCCUCCAGUAUCCUGAAUUGGGACUCGGUUGGUCUACCUCACCUAGUCAAGAGAUAUCUCUGGAGGAAAGGCGCAAAAGGGGCGCAGAGGUCGAGAAAAUAUUGGCCAACGAUGCGGAGGCAGCCCCAGCACCCAAAGAUUGA